CGUUCAAACUGUUUGCCAGAAUGUGUUUCUGGCUAGUCGGCCAUCAUGGAAAUUUAAUGAAACGGUUUUGUCUUUUCUCUUUUGCGAAUGACACUUCUCAUAUGGUUGUCUCUUUUUACAACCCCAGAUAGGCAAUUGUCAACAAGAAUUCACCACAUUUUUUGGCAUUUAUUCUUUGGUGCGUGAGGCAUUCAUAAGGAAAACAAGACGCAAGCAGUUGCAAAGCUUCCAUAACGCAAGAGAAAUUGCUAUUUUCCUCAAGAAAAAUAAUACGACGAGUUCAAUUCAUCAGAAAUCCAUAAAAUCGUCAGUUUUGCUUGGUACUCUGCAGAUCUGAGGAAAAAUAACUACAGAAAAUCUUCUACUAUCGCCUGAGGUUUCUGCUGUUUGCCGAAGAUGUUGCACCAUUAAAAGGAAGUGAAAUUUCCGAAAACAACUACGGUGCAGUGCUGGGGAUAUGGAAUAAAAAAUAGUCGUCAUAUUUGCAAUAAUAAUUGAAAUCGGGACAAUAUUGUUUGUCUUUUGCUACACAAACCACAUCUUUGUGCAAACCGUCAAAGAUUCGCUAAAGCAGUGCUUUUCAAACUAACAUUUACCACGCAGUGUUGUACUGGGGAAACUACCGAAACAAAUACACCACACCAUUACUAAAAAUAAGAAGAAGAGGAAGGCAUAAACAACGAUAGUUUGACAAUCACUUGUUUUUGUGUGUGUUUGUUGCAGAACAGAAGUAAUGAUGGACUCAACAGAGACUGCCAUACCAAGCGUUGGCGUUAGCACAACUGGCAGCAUCAACACCACCCCACAGGUGCAAACGUCUGAAAGACGCUGUGAAAAUCCCGACUGUAAUGUGAAUAAACUAAUUUCCAUGGUGCCGAAACGAAAGUCCACACAAUUCAUUUCGGAACCCAAGGUUAUGGAUAAACCCAUAUUGGUUAAUGGUUUCACAUCCGUUUUUCAAGUUGAGGGCCAGUCGGCCAAACUUAUGGACAUUAAGAAUCCAAACGGAGAUCCAAAUACCAAACCGAUUUUUCGCAUUGUCCCCAAUUCACAUGUCCAUGUUGUUAACUAUGUUGUCGUCGACACGGAUGAAUCCUAUUUGAAGAAAAUCACCAACAAUGAGCCGGCAACAAUGCAGAAGCUUUUGACCACACAGAAAGACAGUGCCGAUCAAAUGUUAAGGAAAAUUAUGAAUGGUCAAGGAUCAACGGCAACAGCAGCCUCAACUACUGUGGUGUCUACAGUUAAUCCACCGGCACAGCCGCCUCCUCCCAACCAAUUAAACCGGUCAAUGGGUGGAGAUAAGCAAGCCUUAGCAUCGCUCAACACUGCACAUAUUCCAACUAUGACCACUGCUAAAGCUACCUCGACAACCACUCCUGCCCCGGUAGCGGCAAAAAUACAUCCAAAUACCUCCAUAAAUUUGCCAGUACGUAUGCAUCCCAAUUUGAAGAUUACAGCUGUAGCUAGUGCAGAAACAGGGGGCACUACAGUUCCUCUUAAUACAACUGCUUCAAAUGCUGCUGGCGCUAUGACACGUCCAACACCUCCCUUUAUACAGCCGAUACCGUUAGCAAAUUUACAGAGUCCCACAGCAAGCUCUGUCGCAGCUGGUGUCAAACAAUUAACCAAACCCGCCGUAAUGAAUAUACAAUCGAAACCAGUUCCUGUUGGUGGUCCCAGUUCUGCUUUAAAUGUUCCUGAGUAUGCUAAGCCCACUUAUGACAAAAUGCAAGAGGAAAUCAAUGAUCUGAGGCGUACCGUUGCAAUGCUGGCUGAGGCUCAAGCCAAGAAUCUUAAUCAACCGCAGACCGGAGUAGUGACAUCAGUGGCUGCCAAACGUCCCCGACUGCAAAUGCCACAAUAAAUGCCGUUUUUCUUACGAAAUCAGUGCAUUUAUUGUCUGCUGUAAAAAUGCCUACAAAUUAUAUGAUAUUGUAUUAUUUAUACAUAUUAUUUGUGAAAGCUCGUGACAAUGUUCGCUUUUACAACAUAACCUUCUUGGUUGGAAAAGAACGAAAAUUGGGACUUCUUUGUUUUUUCUGGGUUAUUAAGUAUAUAAGAAAUCUUUUAUUUUUAGUCUAUAUUAGUUAUUUAUGUACUGAAAAAUAUAAAUCUAUUUUUAUAUAAAAUAAAAUUAAAAAAAUAUUAUAUUAACAUUUAACAAAAACGACGUUUUUGUUUCUACAAACCAAUGUUGUAAGGCAAAAUUUAUACCUAAAAGGGGAAUUGGGAGUGGAUUUUGUAAGAAAUACCAAAAUCACAAAAAUGUAAGAAAUUUGAUGUUGAAAAUACUCUUGUAUAUGUACAAUAUUUACUGAUUAUUAUUUUUAUUAAAAUUCAAAAUUCAAACAUAAAA